CGAAAUAGAAUAAAUAUAUCUUAAAAUAAAAAUCUAAAUAAAGAAGCUUUUGUAAUUUAUAAAAUUUAUAAAUUAAUAAAAUUUUAAAAUCCUAACAUUAUUAAUUUGUAGAGGUUCUCCUGUAGUAUAUACAGUUAUCUAUUAAAACCGUACCUUAUGUUAAAUAGUUUUUUCUUGUAUUCUUAUUUUUUUGCAAAACACUGUAUUCUCAAUUUAGUUUCUCAUUUUUUUUCGUUUUCUACCUGGAGAGUUUGCAGAAUCACAAGGCACAAAGGAGCUUCCGGAAGCAAAGAAUUGGCAAAGCUAGAAAACGACAACGGCCGUUCUGUCGUGUCCGGAGAUGCGGGGUCAAAACACGCUUUGGGAAAUAAACAAAGAACGAUAGUAUAAGAUAAGAGACCCGAUGGAGUAUUUGAUCAAGUCUUGUACCAAUCUUAAAGCAUUUGCAUAUGCAGUUACCAUGACCUACGGUCAUUUGAUUAAACAAAGACCUCGUCGUUCGUUUAGAAGAGGGCGAGUGAAUAUUUAACAUGUCCUAAUUUAGUUUCGUUUCGUAAAUACUUUUACAAACAAACGAAAAAGCAAGAUUUGAUGCUUUUGAUAUUUUAAAGCAUUAUGUAUGGGCAAGAAUAUAGACUAUUAUAUAAUCUGAUCUCAAACAAAGAUGAAAAACUUAAAAUUCCAAUUACUUUUUUUUAGCAUCCCGAUCAAACUCAGGUUCGAAAUCUUAUGUUAAUAAUCAACUCCAAUAUUCCGUAAGUCAUAAACAUAAACUAGAAGUCGUAAACAAUAUUUUCCAUGUCAUAAACAAUGAAAAGGUCUUAAACAAUGAAGAAAAAAAAUUGCAAUAUGACAAUUUCUAACAGUUUUAGGUCAAUUAAUAUUAGAGUUAUUUAAUAAUUUAAUAUUAAGGUAGAUCGACGUCAAUUAGUAUUGGGGAUAAUAAACAAAAAGACCAUCUAUUCCUUAAAAGUUAAAACACACAACUAUUAAAUGUUGAACAAGUCAACAACAAAUAACCUAGAAAACACACAGAAGUGCGUAAGAGAGAGAAAAUUUGAUCUCUAGUAUGAGCAUGUUGCGAGCGGAGCAAUCUGCUUGAAUAUUCUUAUAGUGUGUGGUUUAAAUACCAAACGAAAAAAUUAGAGAAUAGUUCUUCAAAUCUACUUAUCUCAUUCUCUACUGAAACUACAUGAUCAACAAAUCAUUUGAUUUUUUUUAUCCGUAAGAAAGAACAGAAAUUACAUCCUGUGUCGCAAUGCAUUUUCCCCCCGGUAAAUCUCCCCAUACAAUUCAUUGUGCAAAUCAAACUCUCGAGCUUCAAAUGCAAAGCAUAGACGGAUAGACCCUUCGGAUACUCGCUACUCAGCUCGUUUGUUCUCCUUCUUUCCAUGGUAUAUCUAGUAUGCAUGCAAAUACUAGAGAGCGUGCAUCAUCGUAGACAGUUUGUUUUAAACAAAAAACUAGGAUAGUGAUCCUAGUUUUGUUUCUGUACAAUCAUAAUUCUUUACUGAUUUUACCAAAAAAAAAAAUUCUUUACGGAACAUAAAUUACCUUAAUAGCUCACUAAUUUAGUAUGAAAAAGUCAUUUUUCUAUCGUAUAAUUAUAGUGUAUAUAUAUACAUUUCUAGUGCUUCAAAAUUCGAAAGAAAAUAAACUAUAAAAGUAUGUAUAUCUUCUGAAAUGUUAAAACUUCUUGUGAAUGAGUACAUUUUUCGUUAGCUACAAUCCUUGGUCAUUAUUUUUAAGACUAAACCUCGGUCAUUAAUAAGUUUUAAAUUCGUGGGUCUUUGUUUGACCUCACGGUAAGUUAAAGAAUACGACUAUGAAAAAUCACAUGAUAGAGAAAUAAUACACCUAAAUAAAAUAAAAAUAUAUAAUUAUGUGACAUAUGAAGCAACUCGUGAGCAUAUAAAUAAGUGUCCCCUGGUUCCUGCUUUGCCAUCAUCAACUCACCACCGACUUCAAAUGGACCCAACCGAUACCCAUUCCCAAGAGCAUGAGGGUGAUUUCAUUAACAUCACCCAGCUUUCAAAUCCGGCAGGCGAUGAAAAUGUUGGUCACCCCUCGGCGGAUGAAGUAACGAACCAAACCGAUGUUUCUCCCCCGCAAGUGACAGAAAAUAGCAAAGAAACUAAGUGCGGUAUGGGACCAGGUUUAAGUUUAAAAACAUUUUGAAUUCAUUUCUGAAAUUGUUUCAAUAAUUUAGGUCUAUAUAUAUUGGCUCUGUAUGUUUAUUACGAAAUUUAAAAUUUUGGGCUGCUAUUAUUGUUGUUAGAAAACAUUAUAUAGAGAAACAAAAAAGUUUGUUUGAAAUUCAUAUCUUACGUUACGUCGAUAGUGACCAUGCAUGUGUAGAAUAGAAAUCAUGCAUUGGUUAAUUUGGUUACUAAGCUCACCCAAUGUUGAAUAUCGCAUUUGCAUGCAUGGUAGCAUAUUUAAUAUUUCACGAAUUUGAUACGUUAAUCUGGUAGACAAGUGUUGUCUAUAUGUACACCUGAAGAAACAAGAAAGCUAUAAAUUAUUAUACAUAUAAUAUCAUUCUUCUGAAUUAUCGGAAUCAAGAACAUCAAAUUUAGUAUUUUCUUGACUCCAAAAUUUUGUUAAAAUGUGUUGUAGGAACCGAUAAAACACAAGAAACGAGCAGGAAAGAUGAUGGACCUGAAACUGAAAAUGACGUGGGUAAAGAGAAACAUUUGGAGAAAGACCACGAGGGAAGUUGGAGCAAGAAAGGUCAUGAGGAUGUGCUGAAGGAGAUACAAAUGCCAAAGACUCAUGAUCUCUACUGUUCAAACUGCACUCACAAGAUCACCGGAACUGCUAAACUCUUUAAAAAGGGACAAGAGACUUUUCCUUACAACAUAGAUAGAUUCGUAUUCGUUAUCAUUUUCUCGUUCAAGUACCCUUUCAUUUACAUCCCAUGGUUGUAUAACAUCACCCAAGGUAUGCAUUUAUAUACACACGUAUUAAAUAUACAUGUUGGAUGACGAUGAUGAUGGUUCUCAAGUAUUGUUUCUUGAUAAUUUGUAGAUCCAGUUAAAACCAUUCAAUCUGAUCCUAUCCAUCGACCUGAAGGUAUGUAUAUAUACACACAUAUAUUAAAUAUAUAUAUUAAUGUUGGAUGAUGAUGAUGAUGGUGCUCAAGUGUUGUUUCUUAAUAAUUUGUAGAGCCAGACAAAACCAACCAGCUUCUUCCUCCUGAAGGUAUGCAUAUAUACACACAUAUUAAAUAUAUAAUAUAUAUGUUGGACGAUGAUGGUGAUGGUGCUAUAGUAUUUGAUUAUUCAUUUAUUGGUUUGUAGAGCCAGUCAAAAGACUCAAAAUCGACCAGCCUAUACCUCCUGUUUCUCCUAAAGGUAUGCAUAUAUAUACACACAUUAAAUACAAAUGUGUUGGAUGAUGAUGGUGCUCAAGUAUUGUUUCUUGAUAUGUAGAGCCAGUCAAACUCAACCAGCCUAAUCCUCUUCCUCCAAAAGGUAUGUAUGUGUGUACAUAUUGCUUUACAAAUUUACAAUGGAGACAAUUCGAUUUCUCAAAUGUUUUGACCGACUGAUUCUUGAUCUCUAUGAAUAGUCCCAUCUGAUCCAAAACCGGACAAUACUUUGGCUACACUGCUAGUAAAUAUACGAGAGAAACUUUUGCAAAACCGUUUGCCAAGGCUCAGUCCCACUUCUCAGCGGUUCCUAUUGGUUUUGGUUCUGCUAUUGCUGUCAGUCAUUCUUCUGCUGACCCUGCCUUCUCGGCCAUCAGACCCAUCACCACCACCACCACCACCACAGCGUCCAAGUAAGCAUGGAAAUUCAAAGGAGACUGAUGUUCAGCUAGGUCCAGGAGAAAAUGUUCCAGAGAAUGGGGAAGGAGGAGACGUCUCCUUUUCCUGGCUCACAAACUUCUUGAGUAGCAAUUACCUUUCCAUAAUCUUAUUGUUGUUCCUAGCCAUUCUGGCUGUGCUCUGGCGUUCCAUGAUAGGUGAUUCCUUUAUCUUUCAUUUGCUCUUUUGUCACCUAACUUUACUAAAGAUUUACCAAAGCCAUCAAUCUAUAUGUUGCAGAGGUCCGAGAGAAUGAUCCACAAGAUACCGGGGCUGUCACAAAUCCUCAAGAACUUGAUGAUGUUACAGAUCAAGCUGAAGGUCCUCUCACAAAUCUGAGUGAAAUAAAGAUGAAUAUAAAAUAUAAUCACAAAAUAUAUACUAUGAUCUCUCUCUGACUCUCUCUUUCACUUUUUGCUUCAGAUACUAAUCAUCCGGUCGGAGAGGUCAUCCGUAUAAAGCUCUUACAACUAAAGCUAGACAUCCUGAAGAGUAUUGUAUACGGAGGUCUAAUCGAGUCCAUCACAAGCUUUGGUGUUGUAUCCUCCGCUGCUGCUUCCGGAACUUCCACUCGUAAGUACACAUGAACACACAAACAGUGACUUGAAAUUUUUUCAUACAUUAUCAAUUCAAAUUAAUACUGUUUUUACUUGCAGUCAACGUUCUGGCCUUGGGGCUAGCCAAUUUAUUCAGUGGCCUUUUUAUAAUCAUUCACAAUGUAAGUCAUUUUUUUCUCAUGUGUCUAAACACAUUUAUCAGUAAAAUUACACUUACGAAAGAUUUAUGUAUUUUGGCAGCUAUAUGGACUCUUUAAACGACCACGAUACCAAAGCUGGAACAACGAUCAUAUGCCAGAACUGGUAUCAGUAGAUCCAUACGAGGAGCUGCUAGGAAAAAGAAACAAAGUCAUACUCCAUUGCUUCGUUGUUUUGAUUUCAUUCAUCUUCUUCGGUGUGAUCCCUCCCCUCUUCUACGGCUUCUCUUUCAAAAUAACAGACAAGGGACGCUACCAAGAAGCUGCGAUUUUCGUCGCCGCAUCUCUGGUCUGCGUCAUAUCUCUCUCCUUCGCCAAAGCUUACGCCUUUGGCAUGGAUAAACUCAAGACCGUGGCUGCAUAUACUGGAAUAGCCAUUGGUGGGUCUGCGCUUUCUUUCGUUGCAAGUCAACACGCCAGAGAUGUGUUUGCAAACUAUGACUUUCAUAAGCUUGCAUCUGAUUAUCUAAAAGGGUGAUUUACAGAUCACAGAAGAGUUGUUCUUUAGCUGAUUUGUCUCUUUGUUCCAUAGAACAGAGAUAUCUAUCGUUUCCUUGUGUCCCAAGUCUUUAAUGUGUGUUUGUACACGAACUAGUUUUGUUUCUCUGUAAGCAAAAGGUUCGAAUCUUAUCAAUUUAUAAUAAUAAUCAAUUUCAUUUUUCAAAUUUUCAUAUAUUAACCAAAAAACAAUCUUUAUCAAAAAUAAUUAAUUUCAUUUUCGUCAUUUUGGUAAAGUAACAAAAGACAGAAUAUUGGUUAGUCGUGUUGGUUAGGAAUAAAAUAAAGAACGUGGACAUCGUGGGAUAAAAAUAUUCAGACAAGGAAACUAACAAUAAAACAGUAAUGAACAUAGUUCUGAAUCUCAUCUUUGUGUAUCUCCAAUGGAAUCCACCGCCACGAAUCAGACUCCCUCUCCAAGCUCCACCGUCGACGAUGACAACGGCGACGGUGUCAAUACCGAGGAAUUUACCAAACUACCCCCGGACUCACCACACAGCAGCGAGGAUGAAGAUAGCGUUGACUUUAGCCACGAACAAGACUCUAGUUUGGUACCCAUAGGAUUCGAGUUACAUGACGCUAUUGACACUGGGAGUGCUUCAAGAUCUGUAAGAGGAAAAGAUUCACAAACAGAACGUGAUUUCUUGGAUAGUGAUGUGGAGAUUGUGAUCAAGAACCAGCAUGAGUAUUACUUUUACUGCCCAUGCUGUGGUGAAGACAUCACCAAAACAGUCAAGCUCGUGAAGAAAUCAGAUAUCCAACCCGCAAAAAUAACUGACAAUGCAAAUAAACCUAUUGACACUAAGAAUGGUUCAAGAUCCGAAGACAAGAAGACAAAAGCUUCGUCCUGGUUCCCUGUUGAUCUCCAGAAGCUGUUUCUUUCUGUUUAUGGCCACAUCAAAGACAAAGAUUCAGGAAAGAUAGAGGUUGAUUCAAAGUCAACUAUCAAUGAUCUUGGUACCAAUAGUGAGGAACCGAGCAUUGAUGUCAAGACUGAGAAAGGCAGACCGAGUUUUCCCAAGUGGUACCUCGAUGUUUUUGCUUGGUUGUUCCUCUGUAUUAUCAUUGCUCUUUCUUUCCUUUUCACUUCCCCUCAGCAGUCAUCGCCUUUCAUUGCACCACCACAUCUGGAACUGCCUUCUAUCCCUCCAUUGACGCUGCCUUCAUUAUCUAUACUUUGGUUACUUCCAGCGUUUUCGGUGUUGUCUCUAGUAAUUAUGGCAAUUAGGUCCGGUUACAUUCCCAUACAUCACAAAGAGAAAGGCGACAAAGAGGUUGGUUCCAAGUCUACUGAUACUACUAGUGAAGAACAGAUUAAGAAAACUAAAAUUGAAGAUGGCCAAGCUGCAGAUUCUUGUCAAGAUUCUGACAAGAAGACAGACAACCAAAAAGUUCACCCGGUUCUGGUAGAUCCUCCUCCACCACAGGAGCAACCGUCUAUGCAAAUUGCCAAUAAGGAAACACCACCUAAAACUCAAGCAGAACCUGGGGUUCAACCAGAUACUCAACCAGAGAUCCCAAAGAGUGUUGAAACUCCAAAAGGCGGUAAUAAACUUGAAAUCUUGAAAAGUAUUGUGUAUGGAGGUCUAACACAAUCCAUCACGAGUCUUUGCACCGUAACAUCUGCAGCUGCUUCUGGUGCUUCAACUCUGAAUGUUUUGGCCUUGGGAGUUGCCAACUUGUCAAGCGGUCUUCUUCUGAUUGUUCACAGCCUCCAAGAACUAAUAAACGAGAAACCCAAAACAAGAACCAACACUGAUGAUCAGAAAGAAUCAGACGCAGAUGUUGAGGAAGAAGAAGAAGAAGAUAGGUAUGUGGAAGCUCUGGGAAGAAGAGAGAAAUGGUGGUUUCACAGGCUGAUAGCAAUCUCCUCUUUCGUCGUAUUCGGGCUGAUCCCACCUCUCGUAUACGGUUUCUCGUUCAGAAGAAGAGUCGAGAAGAGACAAGAGUACAAGACUUUAGCGGUUUACGCAGUGUCUCUCCUCUGCAUCGUCUUGCUCUCAGUUGCGAAAGCUUACGUCUCGAAGAGACGCGAGUAUGUCAAGACUCUGUUUAGGUACACGUCAAUGGCGACGACCGCGUCGGGAUUCUCUACGUUCAUGGGAUAUUUCGUGAACCAGUGGCUUGAGAAAAGCGGGUUUUAUGAUGAAUCUACAGAAACUCCACGAGUUUGAGACUGUGUUCUUGUUCUGUCUUUUACUUUACAUUGUCCUUUUCUUUCCUUUUAUAGUGUCGAAUGUUUUCAUUACAAAACUAAAGAACCUUUUUGUCAGAACAAAGAAAACGAUUUUGUUAAGAUUCAUCUUUUAACAUGCACGAGAAAGAUGUUAAAAUUUAA